AUUCUAGAAAACCGGCGCGCUUAUCCGCAACAACCCUUCCAAGUCAAACAUUUUUAAAUUCCACUCCAUAAUAGUGGCUCACAAUCCACCACCUCCUCUCUGCUCUAUAAAUUCCACUCUUCUCCACUCAUUUCCAUCGUCUCUUCUUCCACCUCUCACCGGAACUGAAUUCAUGGCUCUCCUCGGAUCUAACCCCAUGGAACUUUUGGUGGCCCUCCUUCUCGCCGGGAUCGCGGCCGUGGUUGCCCAGAACUGCAGCUGUUCCGCCGACCUCUGCUGCAGCCGCUACGGCUACUGUGGCACCGGCGACGCCUACUGCGGCGUCGGGUGCCGGGAGGGCCCCUGUUACUCCUCUCCGACCAACGAUGUCUCUGUGGCCGACGUGGUGACGCAGAGCUUCUUCGACGGCAUCAUCAGCCAGGCAAACAGCGGCUGCGUCGGCAGGGGAUUCUACACGCGCGACGCUUUCCUGGCCGCCGCCGGCUACUACCCCAACUUCGGCCGCACCGGCUCCGCCGACGACUCCCGCCGCGAGAUCGCCGCCUUCUUCGCCCACGUCACGCACGAGACCGGACAUUUCUGCUACAUCGAGGAGAUCAACGGCGCAUCGAAUGACUACUGCGACGAGACCAACACCGAGUGGCCGUGCGUCGCCGGGAGGAACUACUACGGCCGUGGCCCCAUCCAACUGUCGUGGAACUUCAACUACGGCCCCGCCGGGCGGGACAUCGGCUUCGACGGCCUGGGCGCGCCGGAGACGGUGGCCAACGACGUCGUCAUCUCCUUCAGGACCGGCCUGUGGUACUGGAUGAACCACUGUCACUCCCUCAUCGUCUCCGGGCAAGGAUUCGGCGCCACCAUCCGCGCUAUCAAUGGCGCGCUCGAGUGCGACGGCAACAACCCGGCGACGGUCAACGCUCGGGUGGGCUACUACACGGACUACUGCAGGCAGUUGGGCGUUGACCCCGGCAAUAAUCUCACUUGUUGAGUGAGACUUCUUCGUAAUAAAAUAUAGUAAUCAUAAAUAAUAAUAAUAAUAAUAAUAAUAAUGUUUUUUUCUCUUUCAAAAUGAAUAAUAAAAUGUUCAUUCACAGUAGAGAACAAAAUAGAAACCAAACGUGUCCGGGUAAUGGUGG